AUGGCUGCUCAAAGCGGAGUUCAAAUUAAAUGGUGUACUGUUACUUGUGGCACAUGCACGUAUACAUUACCUAACAGAUAUCAAGAAAUAUGCCCUAUUGGAAAAGGUACUUUUAGUGCUGUGAUUCGUGCCAAAGAUACAGAAACAGGUCAAUCCGUAGCUAUUAUAAAACUAUUUCGACCCUUUCAUAAUCCAGAUCGUGCAAAACAAACCUAUCGAGAAUUAAAACUACUCAUGUAUCUAUAUCAUCCGGAUAUAGAUAUUAUACAAUUGUAUAAUGUAUUUACACCAGAAAAAAAUGUGGAUGAUUUUUCAACAUUAUAUUUUGUCUUUAAUUUUGUUGAUUAUAACUUACGUCAAGUUAUUAAGCGUGACAAACCAUUCUCAGAAGAUCAUAUCAAACAAAUAAUCUGUUCACUACUUCGUGCUUUGAAGUAUAUUCAUUCAGCUGGUAUUAUCCAGCGUGAUCUGAAACCAGAAAAUAUUGGAAUAGAUCAAGAUUCAAAUGUUGCAAUAAAGUUAAUACUACUUAAACCAAUUUUUCCUGGAGAAGGUCAUCUUGAUCAGUUAGAUAAAAUAUUUGAUAUAAUCGGUACACCAGAUAUCACAACAUUACAUGAAUUAGCUACGGAAGAGGCCCGGGAGUAUAUCAGUCGACUGAAACCAAAACCAAAGCAAGAUUUCAAUCGAUUAUUUGGUUUUCAAUAUGAUUCAGCAACAAAUGAACGAAUAUCGGGUGUUUUACCAAAAGAUGUUGAUUUACUUGAUCGUCUUCUAUCUUUUGAUCCUCGUCGACGUCCAACUGCACAGGAAGCACUGACUAUUAUUUGGAAGAUGGUUCAAGAUUUUGUACCACCACAAUUUCGUAUCAAUGAUAAUCCUAACCCGAUUCAUGAAACAAAACGAUGA